GUGUCCUCAGGUGCCAUAGUGGCUGACCAGCUCCAGGGGAGGGUGAAGGUGUGGCAGCCACCAUGGAUUUCUCCAAGUUCCUGGCUGAUGACUUUGAGGUCAAGGCCUGGGUGAACGGGGCUUUCCGGGCUGUGCAGCAGGAGGCCCCCGGCAAAGUGGAUGCUCACGCUGCUACCCUGGUGAUGAAGUUGCAGCUUUUUAUCCAGGAGGUCAACAAUGCCGUGGAAGAGACAAGCCACCAGGCUCUCCAGAGCAUGCCUAGAGUUCUGCGGGAAGUGGAAGCCUUGAAGCAGGAGGCAGCAUUCCUGAAGGAGCAGAUGGUCCUGGUGAAGGGAGACAUUAAGAAGCUGGAGGAAGACACUGCUCAGUCCAUGCAGGUCUUAGUCAAACUCGAUCAUGUGAAGUCCCGAAUGCAGCUGGCUGUUGAUUCACUCCAGGAAGCAGACAAGUGGAGCACGCUCAGUGCAGACAUUGAAGAGACAUUUAAAACACAGGACGUGUCGCUCAUCUCCAACAAGCUAACCAGCAUGCAGAACAGCCUGGCUGUGUUGGUGGACACGCCGGACUACUCAGAGAAGUGUGUGCACCUGGAGGCGCUCAAGAACCGCCUGGAAGCCUUGGCUAGCCCCCAGAUUGUCUCUGCCUUCAGCACCCAGUCCGUUGAUCAGUCCCGGCUGUUUGUGAAAGUCUUCAUGGAAAUUGACCGGAUGCCGCAGCUGCUGGCUUACUACUACAAGUGCCACAAGGUGCAGCUAAUGGCAGCGUGGCAGGAUCUGUGCCAGUCAGACCUCCUCCUGGAUCGGCAGUUGGCAGAGCUCUACGAAGUGCUGCUGGGGACGUGGCACACACAGCUGCAGUGGGCCACGCAGAUUUUCCAGAACCCCCACCAGGUGGUGACCGUCCUGCUGCUGCAGGUGCUGGGUGCACUGGCGCCCUCCCUGCCCACCUGCCUCACUGCUGCCAUGGAGCGCUGCAGCCCUGAGAGCAAGCUGAGCCAGCUCCUGGGCCUCUAUGGCACCACCAUCUACUUUGCACACGGGCUGGAGGCCGCGAUGCUGCCCAGCCUGGGUAAGUCCUUGGCGCUUGGACACCCUGCCCAAGCGGCUUUUAUGGGGGGGAAGCGGUCUCCUUCCGCGGGUGCAGCAGUGGAGCUGAACCCUCCAGCCCCGACUUCCACCAUGUACUGGAGUGCGGGUGGCAGGGCGGAGUUUUGCAACAGCCUGGAGCAUUUUAAGGUUGUGGAGCCUCCUUUCCAAGGGGCUCAUCCUUCCGGACUGUCCUUAAAUGGGGGCAGCUGUACGCUGAGGAUUGCCCGCUUUGGAGGACUCACGAGCUGCUUCCUAGAGAGACUCGGGAGUGGGGCUCCCCCAGGGCUGGGGGGGAGGAGGGGGGGGGCUUUGGGGCAGCGGUUCCACCAGCCUCUCUUUCCCGGCAGGAUAAUCGCCACCUGUGGGGAGCUCCUGCGACAGUGUGGGGACCUUGAGCAGCAGCUGGCCAACAGGGUCCUCUCCACGGCAGGGAAGUUCCUCUCGGAGUCCUACCGUCCCUGCAGCCUGAGCGGCUUCCAGGAGCGCAGCCCAGAGAAGCAGAGCCACCUGAAGAACCCCUGGCAGGAGUACUGCUACCUGCAGCAGGAGAGCCCGGCAGAGUACGCCGCCCUGCUGGAGACCCUCUACACACUCAAGGAGAAGGGGACGAGCCAUAAUCUGCUCUCAGCGCCUCGUUCCGCCUUCACCCGCCUCAACCAGCUGGCCCACCAGCUGGCCUUCGACUCGGUUUUCCUCCGCAUCAAGCAGCAGCUCCUCUUGGUGGCCAAGAUGGAGAGCUGGAGCGCAAGUAGUGCCGGCGAGAUUCUCACCGACGACCUGCCCAACUUCAGCCUCACGCCUCUGGAGUACAUCAGCAACAUCGGCCAAUACAUCAUGUCCCUCCCUCUUCACCUGGAGCCUUUCGUGACCCAGGAAGACGCAGCCCUGGAGCUCGCCCUGCAUGCUGGGAAGCUGCCCUUUCCUCCAGAACCAGGCGACGAGGUCCCCGAGCUGGACAACAUGGCGGACUACUGGCUGGGCUCUCUUGCCAGGGCCACGAUGCAGACGUACUGCGAGGUCAUCCUGCAGAUCCCCGAGGUCACCCCGCACUCCACCAAGCAGCUGGCCACGGAUAUUGAUUACUUAAUCAACGUGAUGGACGCUUUGGGCCUCCAGCCUUCGAAGACCCUGCAGAACACGGGGAGCCUCCUGAAGACCAAGCCUGAGGAUUACAAGCAGGCGGCCAGAAAUUUCCCCCGGCGCCUGGCUUGCAAAAUUGCCGCCAUGAGGGCCCUGGACUAUUGAGCUGUGGGUUCCUUGGCCCAAGAGGGGCCCCCAUCGCUGCCCCUGGCCAGAGAUACACUGCAAGGGCCCCGGGGAGUGCCUGGUCCCCCUGUCCCCCGCCCGGUAGAGUUCUCUCUUCCUUGGGCGAGAGGAAAGAGGCCAGAGAAACCUCGGGUGCGUUCAGACAAGUUUUGUAAGUACUCAAAUAAAUCUCUU